AUGUUAAAAAAGAGAGGCAGAGUAUUCAAUUUGGCAUAAAAUUACAAUUAAAAAAUCGUAAUGAGAUUCUUUACAUAAAAUAAUAUUUCUAAUAAUAUCACAAAUCGAAAUAUCUCAUUACUAUGUAUAAAUCUUGAAAAUCAACCAGAAAUUUUCUAAUUAAGGGGAGGAGGAUGUGGAUUAUCAAAUUUUUGUACAUCUGAUUAGCUUCCAGAGCAUAAGGAAAUGAUUCUUACAAAUGAAAAUAAUGAACAAAAUCUUGAUCAAAAAAACAUUUAAUCAGAAAAAUUGCCGAAUAAUUUUUUAGAAGAAUUUGAUUAAUCUGUGAUUGUUAUUCAAGAAGGAUCAAGUAGUUUAGUUAGUUAGUCUAAAAAAAAUGAAGUGAUAAUAAAAAUCUAAUGGUUUAUUUAUAACAAAUAAUUUUUCAAUAAAUUAUGCCAAGAAGAAUAUACUUAUGAAUUAAUUAAAACAGAUAUUGAUACUAAUUUACUAAAACUCUUAGAAAUACUCCCUAAUUAUUUAGAGGUUUCUUGGUUUCUUUGUUAUUAAAUUGCAUAAGUUUGUAAUGACCUAUUGAGAAUAAUUUAUUCACACAAUACAAUAAAUUUCGACCCUAUGCCUUUUUUAUAAAAAGUUUCUAUAUUCUCUGAAUAAUUGUAAAGUUAAUCAAAUAAUGUUUGGAAAAGUGGUCUUGAAUUUGAAAUAACUUUGAUGGAGAUUAUGCUAGAAAAUUGUUCAAAUCCUGAAUAAGAAAAAAAAUUAUUGAUUGAUGUAGCUAAAAAUACUGUAAAAUCAAUUCUUAAAAUGAAAAUAACUGAUGCAUUAAUGUCUAGUCUUUAGAAAAGUGCAAAAUAUAUAAUAAAAAAAGCAAUCAAUUAAACAAUUUUAUAUCCAAUAGAAGUAUAUCAAAUUUAUCAUUUAUUUUAAAUAAUAAAAUGGAAAAUCAUUGAAGAUGAGACUGAAUCUGUCUAUUAAUCAAUAUAGAAUUUAAAAAUUCUCUUUAAUAAAUACAUAAAAGGAUCAAAUAAUUGGAUUUUACAUUUCUGUUGGAUUUAAACCAUAACAGAUAUCAUUUUAUAUAGAUUAAUAAUAGAGAAAGAAUCAUAAUAAAUACUAUAAGAAAGAUAAAAAAAUGUUGGUACCAUUUAAAAAUUACCUUUCAAUCAUAAUUAAGCAAUUUUAUUAUUUUUUGAUACAUAGCCAAAUAUUUUGGAAGAUUCAAUUUUAAAUCAAUAUAAUAAGCUUUAACUUCUCUGUUCAAGCUUGAUCGAACAAUAAUUCGCAAAAGAAUAAAAUUUUUGGGAUUAUUAUUCGAACUUUCAUUUCAAUAUAAGUGAAUAAGAAGAUUCUAAAUAGUUUAAUUUCAUACAAGUGAACCGUGAAUUAGGAUUAUUAGAAAAAUUAUUUAAACAAUUAAGAGCACUUAUCGAUUAAAUAUAAGUAAUAUAACUUGAAAUAGAAGAAUCCUUAAUAAAUUAAACUUAAGUAGAAAAAACGUUAUUAUCUUAAUAAUUAUUUGAAGAACAUAAAAAAUAAAUAUCAAACAAAUUUUUGAAUACUUGGAAAAAAGCAAUAUAUCUCAUUAAUUUGAUAAAUGAUUUCUUAUUAUUUGAUUAUUAAAAAGUUCAACUAUACUAAAACAACUUAAAAAAAGAAUAAGAAGAUAAUAAUCAAAAAUCUCGUAGUAACUUUAAUGAAAUUUAGAGCUUUGUUGAAACAAAAUUUCCAGAAUAUUAAUCAAAUUUCAUAAGUGAUUUCUUAAUUGCAACAGAUUACAUUAAUAAUAUAGUUUUCCUUGAUUAUAAUAAAAAUGACAUUUAGCAAGAAAUUAACGAAAUCCACUUAAAAUACGAAAUGAAAAAUUUUAAGAAUUUACAAUUUAAUGAUUUCGAUACAUUUCUUAAAAACUUAGAAAUAUAUUAGAAUGCUCUUGAUUCUGGAGUUAUAAUAAAUGAUCCAAAUAUUAAAAAAAUAGAUAUAAAUUAAUUUUUCAAAUAAAUUAUUGAAGGAAGUUGGAUUAGAAAAUUUGAAUCUGUUUUAAAAUCUUAAUUUGAAGAUAAAUUUGAAUUUAUUAAUGAUAAUCUAGAAACUAAUGAUGAAAUAAGUAAUAAAAUAUUAAAAUGUGAAGUCAGUAUUUCAAUACUAGUUUCUUUAAAAUAAUUUUAUGAAAUAUAAUAAGAGAACAUAAAAAGAAUGAAAAUGAAAUUUUUAUUAUAUUAAGAUUCAACAAAGAAAUAAACUUAGAUAGCUGAAACCGAUAUUUACUAAAAAUUUAUAAAUUGUUUAAAAAAAUAAGAAUAAAAUAUUAUUACCUAUUAAGAUUAAAUUGACAAAGAUUUAGAUUUUAAUAUAAAUAAAUUAAAGUAAAAUUUUAAAUAGAUUGAUUCAGAGAUCGAAUCAGAUAUUUAAGCUAUUAAGAUUGAACUUAAGAAUAUAUCAAAUUUUCUAUAAGAAAAUAGUUAAUAAGAAAUAAUAUAUGAUUUUGAAUAAUAAAAGAAUGAACAAUUUUUAGAGCAAACAAAAAAUUUAUUGCAUAAUUUUUAAGUGAUAUUCAUUAUUUUUUUCAAUUAAAUGAAUGAAAUUAUAAGCAUUUCACAAGAUAUAAGAUAGAAACAAAUUGCUUUAGUUGUUUAAGAAAAACAACCUAAUGAAAUUUAACAUUAAGAUCCAAAAGAAGAAUUAUUGGAGGAAUUGAGAAAAUUAAAAAUCAAUUUUUCAACUUUUAUUUAAGAGGUAGAGUAAAAAAUUAGUUCGAAAAAAGAUAUAGAAGCGUAAUCAAAACAAAAUGUCUAAGGUUUUGGAAUUGAUAUUUUUGAAAACUAGAUUUUAGAGAAUUAAAAGAUAAUUAAAACAAUUAAAAGAGUAAAAAAUUAUUUUUAAUCUUAUCAAAAACUCUUAUUAAUUUAUUUAGAUAUCUAUAAUUAAAAAUAAAAUGCUAAUACUUUAUAUAAUUUUAAAGAGAAAAUUAAAAAUUUUCAUAAUUUAAAUAGAAAAUAUCUAGUUGAAUUAAAGGAUUCUAUUGUAGAUCAAAAUAACUAAUAAAAAAAUAUUGAUAUUAAUUUAACAUUGAUACAAUUUUUAACAUUUUUUGAAAUGGAAAUUCAUGAUGAUUAAAAUGAAAAUGAAGUUGGAGAUGAAAUCAAUAUUGCAUUAAUUUAAGAAAUAAAAGAUUAUUUUAAUUAGAAAAAGAAUGAAGUUGAAAGUUUAAUUGAAGCAAAGGACUAUAAAGUAAGAGAAUGUUUAGUUUAUAAUUUAAUUAGACUUCAAAAUAGCAAUUUAGAAAAUUAAAUAAUUAACUUUUCAUCAAGAAGAAUAUAAUAAAUUUGGGUUUAUGAAAAAGAUCAACGAGUAAGAAAUUUAUUGAAAAAUAAAGAAUUGAUAGAAAUGCAAAGAUAAAUUUUUUCAAGAGAUCUUUAAACAAUGUCUGAUUAAAUAAAAGAAGAAAUUCAAUAGAAAAUUUAAGACUUAGAAAACUUACAAUAAUAAAUUAGAUUGCAAGGAAAUUCAUCAGAAAGAGAUAAACUUUAAUUAUAAUUAAAAUAAUGUUAUUAAUAACUUGAUGAUUCAAUAGAAAAUGUAACUGAAAUGUCAGAUGCUUUGAAUAUAUCCCUUAUAUUUCUAAAAGAUAUCUUAACAGAUGUUAAAUCUAUUAAAACUUCAAUAGAUAACUUAUAAAACAACAUUUAGGAUAUUGGAAAUGACAUUAGAAAACUUAGAGGUAAAAAAUUCGAAGAGCUUCUUGUAAUGCGCAAACAAAAGAUCCUUUAAUAAGCUUAAUAAUAAAAAGUAGAUUCCAUAUAUGUGUAAUUAUAGACAAUCGAAAGGAAUCCUUUAAGUGGGGAAGAGGUAGCAGGAUCGUUUUUACUGAAGGAAUCAAUUUAGGACAAAGAUGGGGAAGUGAAUGAAUUUAUAUGGCAUUAAAACUUAGGUACAGAAAAUGCAGAAGAUAAGGAUGUUAUGAUAAUAUCUGGUUAUGCAGGUUCAGGGAAGAGUAGAUCUGCAAAAAAAAUAGAGGAAUUUAUUUGGAAAUCAUAAGGAGCAUAAUCUGAAUGGAUUCCAAUUUAUGUGUCUCUACCAACUUUGAAGAAUCCAAAAUAUAAUCUAUUGGAUUAAGCUCUAGAAACAGAGAAUUAUUAAUUUGAUAAAUAUUAAAUUUAAGAAUUUAAAGAGGCAAUUCGUAAAAGAGCAGUAAAAGUUGUAUUAAUUUUGGACAGCUAUGAUGAAAUGAAAUCAGAUUGUAUUUAAUAGAAUCUUAUAAUGACAAAUAAGUUAAUAUAAGAUCUUAAUAUAGAAAAAAAAGAUAGGCAAGUUAAAAUAAUAAUUACAACAAGAAGAGAAAUAUUAAAUUCUGAUGGUUAUGAGUCAUGGUUUUAUGGAGAGAGUUUACAAACAUUAAAAGAAGUUCUAUUGUUAAAUUUCAAUCAGGAAUAAUAAGAUAAAUAUUUAGAAAAAUAUUGUAAAUUGAGUAUAAAGAGGACAAUUAGAGGAAUUUAUGAAUUUGUUAAAUCUAUUUCUGGUUAAACUUUCGAUUUAGGAGAAUUUAUCAAAAUAUGGAAUUCAAUUAUUAAUCCUGUUAAAUAGAUGUUAUUAAAUUCAAAAAUUAGUGAUUCAGAUUCAAUUUUUGUAGAUGAAGAAGAAGAGAUUAUAAUUAAAAAAUUGAAAUAAUAAUAAUUAUUUUAAUUUUUAUCAGAUGAAUAAAUAACAGGAUUAAGAAAAGAUCUUUUAUCUUUGUGGAGUGUAAAAAAAUUCAAAAAGUCUAUUGAAAUAGUAAAUAUUUAACAUCUUUUGACUACUCCAUUUAUGCUUGAAAUUAUUGUAUAAGUUUUACCAACAAUGACUAAGAAAUAUCAAGGAUCUGCAAAAAUUAAAGAAAUUUUUAAGGUGAAUUAUCUAUAGUUGAAAAAGAGGGCUAAAAUUUCAAAGAAGAUAAGACAAUCUUUAUUAUAAAAUUAAUAAAAUUAAAUAGAAUAGAACAAUUAAUCUGAAGGAUUAUAAUCAUUAAAAACAAAUUCAAAACUAAAGAGAAAUUUAAAAAAAAAGAAAAUUGAUCAUAAUAUGGAUAUACUUGAAAGCAAAUAGUUUUUUUAGAAUUAUUCAAUUGAUAGUAAAAUUGAUUCAUUUGAAGGGAAUAUUUUUUUAGAUGGAUAAAAUUUAUACUUAAAUAUAAUAGAUGCUGAUAUAAUUGUAAUGGCAUUGAAAAUGAAAAAAUUUACUGCUUUUGAGUUUUAUGAGAGUUUCAUUAAUUUUUAUCAUGAAUAAUAAAUUCAAAAACAAAGAGAAUUAGGCAAAAUUUCAAAUUAUGAAAGUUUUGCUCUUGAUAUCUAUUAGUUUUCUUCAUCAUUAGCUUUAGAUAUGACAAUAAGAGAUCUAUCAUAAAUCAGUUAUAAAUAUAAAGGAUAAUUGCUUUUAUAAAGUAAUUACAAAGCAACUUAGGAUGUAGAUGAUUGGUUAGAUCAAUAUUUAAGUAAUUCAUCUUCAGAUAAUGAAUAUAAGAAAUUAAUUAGAAGUUGUAUAUUGCUUAGCUCAAAGGGAAGUACUUACUAAUAUACUCAUAAAUCUAUUUAAGAAUUUUUGGUUGCAUAAUAUAUUUACAAUUUUAUCAUUUCACUUGAAAAUUGUCCUUAAGAUUAAAAUCAUCAAUUUACUGAUUAAGAAUUAGCUAAUUUAGAUAGAUUAAAGAAUUCAUUAUUUAAUUCACCCUCUUUUAAUAUUAGCAAUGAUGCUUUUAGGGGAGCCUGCUCUAUGAUAAAAGAUAUUUUACAUGAUACAGAAAAUAUAAAUUAAAAAAUGAUUGAAAUAGUAUAAUAAUCUAGAAAUAUACAAUUUAGUAGAGCAGCCUCUAAUAUUAUUUAUUUACUAAGUUAAAUGGAUAUAUAUUUAGGUUCUUAAAAAUUUGAUUCAAUAUAAUUAGCUGAUACAAAUAUAUCUGGAUUAAGUUUUUUUGAAAGUGAUUUGAGUAGAUCAAAAUGUAAAAAUGUUACAAUUAAUUCUUGCAAUUUUAAUUAAUGUAAUUUGUCUGACAUUUUUUGGGAUGAUGUUAUAUGCAAAGAAUAACCUUUUCUAACAGGACAGGAAUCUUGUUAUUAGACUUUAUCAUUUUCUCCUGAUGGUAAAUAUUUAGUCUCAUUAGGAGAAAGUGGUAUUUUAAAAUUAUGGGAUCCUUCAAAUUAUAAAUUCUUAUAUGAUAUAACUCAUGAUGGUUCUUGGCUCAUUAAAUAUGUCUAGUUUUCUUCUGAUUCUUCUUUUUUUCUUGGUUGUAGUGAAAAUGGCUUUAUAACUAAAUGGGAUAUACCAGAAUUUACUCAGAAAUAAACUCAAUUAUCUUAGAACAUUUUAAAAUUUGAAUUAUCUUAAGAUUGUAGUAAAUUAUAUAUUAAAACUGAUAAAAAAUUUAAAAUUUUACAAGCAAAUCAAUUAUUUGAAGAUAAAAUCGACACAAAUAUUAUUUGGAAAUAUGAUUCAAAAAUAAUCAAUUACGUAAUGUCUCCUGUUGAUUCAAUCUUAGUGAUUUCAUCAUCUGAUAACAAUAUCACAAUAAUUUCAACUAAUAAUUAAGUCAUAAAAUCAUUAGGGAGCUUUGAUACUAAUAUUUAUGACAUGAUUUUUAGUUAAGAUGGAAAAUAAUUAGCAAUCACUUACGGUUGUACUAUAAAAAUUUGGGACCUCUAAUCUUAUAUAUGUAGUGAUAUUUAAACUGAUUUUAGUAUUAAUUGUUUAAAUUUUACUCCUGAUAAUAAGAGCCUAAUUAUAGGAGGAUUUCACGCAAUCAGUAUAAGAGAUAUAGAAUAAUUGAAAUUUUAAAAAGAAAUAAUGAAAAUUUUGUGUUUAGAAGUUUGUUUAUCUCCAACCUAAAAUUAAAUUAUAGCUUUAGUUACAAACAAGGCCAUUGAAAUAUUUAAUUUCGAAACUUAAGUAUCUUUAAAUAAGAGAGAGUUUGAUUUCUAACCAAAAGAGAUUAACAUAUCUUAAGAUGGGUAAAAACUAGCUUUAAUGUUUUAUGAGGAGUCAGGACAAUAAAUUGAAUUAUAAAUAUUAGAUUUUGAUACACUCAAAACAAUAUUUACAGUUCCAUGGAAUAAUUAAUAAUGGAUUUCAUAUAUAUUAUCAAAAGAUUUUAGCAGAAUAUUAAUAAAUUAUAGAUUUGAUCAAUAUAAAUCUCAGACUCUAGAACUAGAAAUACAGGUUUUUAAGCAAUUAACUGAAAAAGCUAAAUUAGGGUCUAAAAUUAGUCUUAAACCAUAAAGUUAGCUUAUAGCCUAUGUUCAUAUUGAAACAAAUGCAAUAAUUCUUUUUAAUUUUGAAAAAGAUUUAGCAAUAGGUUAAGAAUUAAUUAAUAAUUAAAAAAUAGUUGAAGAUUUAUGUUUUUCCCCAAUUGAUAAUUUUUUAGCUGUUGGCUAUGAAGAUUCUCAACUAUUAAUUUGGGAUUUAAACACUUUUUAAAGUCAAUAAAUAAAAUUAAAAGAGAAUUUAACAUAUUUCUAAUUUUUUAAUUAUUCACCAAAUGGAAAAUUAUUUAUUAUUUAUUCUCAUUAAAAUUGUUAUAUUUAUGAAACAUAAAAUUGGAAAUAAAUAUUUGAAUUAAAUUAAUAAUUUUCAGUUGAUGAUUAGAUUCAUUUUUCAUAUGAUAGUUAAUUUAUGGCUAUAAUAAAUGGGGAUUCAAUAUCAAUUUGGGAUAUUUAGAAUAAUUUUCAAAAAGUUGAAUUGCCUAAACUCUAAUUUAACCCUAAUUAAAUGUAUUUCACUCCCAUUAAAGAAAUUUUAAUAUUUACAGAAUUUGAGAAUCUGAUAAUUAUGAAUACUUCUACAAAUAAGAUCUAAUAAUUUAAUCUAAAUCAUUAAAUUUUGUGUCUAUCAAUCUCAUCAAAUGGUAGUAAAAUUGCAAUAGUCUUAAAAGAUUCAGAUAUCUACAUAGUUUAAUUAUGGAAUUAUAUUAAUAAUAAAUUAGAAUUUAUUUUAAGUGAAAUAUUAAAUUACAAAAUAGAUUCUUUAUCAUUUGUUAAUGAUGAUUAAUAGUUAUUUUUGAAAUUAUAAAAAGAAAAUUCAUGUUUUGUGAUAAUCUAUUAGAUAAAUCAAUUCAUGAUAAAGAAUACCCUAGAUUAAGGAUUUACUUGUGGUACAUUCUCUUAAAAUAAUGAAUAAAUAGCACUAGGUAGAUCUUAGUAAAUUGAUAUUUUUACAAGUUAAUUAAAGAAAUGUAGUUAUUAAUUAAAGGAUUAAAGUGAUAUUACUUUUGUUUCAUUUUCAAACAGCAAUACUUUAUUUAUAUCAGGAAAUUCUAAGGGGGAAAUAUCAUUUUGGAAUCUUUAAGAUUAGUAAUUAAAAAAAUCUCAUAAAAUUUCAAAUUAUUAAAUUGUCAAUCUUAAAUUUAUUAAAGAUGAAUCAAUUUUAAUAAAUCUAGAUUAAUAUUAGAUACUAAAUAUAGUGAGCGUUGUAGAUACAGAGGAUAAUAUUUCUUUGGAUAUUUGUGGAUACUAUGAAUAAAUAAAUUCUUUUUCAACAUCCCCAGAUGGUUAAAUGAUAAUAGGAAUUAAUAAUUAGAAAAAAUUAAUCAAAUUAAAUAAAUAAAAUUUGAAAUAUGGUUAAUUUAAUUAUAAAGAAUAAAUCACAAAGAUAUUUUAUUCUUUUUCUUUGGAUUAUUUAGGGGUUUUAUAAAAAUAAAAUUUACUAAAUAUUAUAUCAAAAAAUCCCCAACAGUGUUAUUAGAAAAAAGAUAUAACAGAUGUUACUUUUCAUCCAAAAGAGAAUUUAAUGGCUAUAUAUACAAAUAAUUAAAUUUAAUUGAUUUAAAUUUAAGAUCAAAAACUUUUAUUUUUUAUAGAUUUUUCUAAUGACUAUUUUUCUAGUGAGAAAAACUUAUAAAAUUACUAAUUUGAACAACAAAAUAUUAAAAAAAUAUCAUUGAAAUUUUCUGAUAAUGGUAAAAUAUUACUUUUUAUUACUGAUAAAAUUAUACGAUGGUAUUUACUUGAAGGGAAUAAAUCUUUAAAAGUUUUAGGGUGUAAUAAAAAUGGGAAAUAAUUCUAGAAUGUUAAUUUUUUCUAAAGCUAAUAUUUAGCAAUUCUAAAAAAAAAAUAGCACUAAAAAAUAAAAAUAAAAAAUAUUUUCGAGCAAAAUACUUUAUUUAAGAUUAAUUGCGAUCUAUUUUCUAUGAAUUAAGAAGAAAUAUUUUAUUUUUAAGUGUGUGAAUAAUUUUAUGUAUUUGAUUUUUAAAAGUUGAAUAUGAACCCUAUAACAUUUAAAUCUGAUGGUUAUUUAUCUAUAGAAUAUAUAUAAGCAAUUGAUGAAAACUAAUUAAUCUUACUUAAUAAAAAGGGAAUAGAUAGGAUUAUUUAUUUAGUUAAUUUAGUUACAUCUCAAAAUGGUCAAAUAAAUGGAACUUUUCUUUAAUUGGAAAUUUCUAAAUAUGAUAUAUUAUUAAGUCAUUAUUUCCCUUAAAAAAAAUUAUGGGCUGUAGUUUUCUUUCAAGACCCAUCAACUAUUUAAAUUUGGAAUAUUGCAAAUAAAAAAAUUAUUACUAAUUUUCAAGGACAUCGAUAAAAGAUAAAUUGUUUAAAUUCCUCUUAUGAUGGACUCGUUUUGGCAACUGCUAGUGAAGAUAACACUAUAAGACUUUGGAAUAUUGAUUUCUUUGAAUAAAAUGAUCCUUCUAUAGGUCAUAAAAAAUAAGUGAAUGCAAUUGCUUUUUCGAAAGAUGGUCUAUUGGUAGCUUCAGGAAGUUCUGAUAACACUAUAAUUUUAUGGGAUCUAUAUGAUAAGAAAUUUAUUACUCAAUUAAAGGAUAAUAAAGGAAAAAUAAACUUUUUAGAGUUUUCUUAUUGUUCUAAACUUUUAUAUUCAGGAUUUGAUAAUAUGACUAUUCGAAUUUGGGAUGUACUAAAUCCUAUCCAAUCAAAAAUAAUCUAUCUUAUUGAUAGCUUGGAUUAUUCUUGUAAAUCAAUUUGUUUAUCACCAACAAAUCCAAAUUUUUUCUCUAUUAAUUUUAUUGGGAAGUUAUGCUUUUUUAAUAAAGAAGUUAUUUAGGAAAAAAAUUAUAUUAUAAAUAAAAAUGUAUCUAGAGAAAAAUGCUGUUUUACUUUUAUAAAUAAUAAUGAAUUUAUUUAUACAAGUGAUGAAUAAAAAUUAAUUUAAUAAAGUUUAUAUGUUUUAAAUACAAUAAAUGGAAAAUCUAUACCUCUUAGAAAAUGUAAAUAUGAAUCAUUUUUUUCAAUUAUCAACUCAAAGAAUUCUAAAGAAUUAAUAUUUUUAAUAAAAUUUUCUGUAAAUUUAAGAAAAAUUGCUAUAGAGGGAAUAGAGUCAACUAAUAAUUAGAUCGAUAUUGAUAAAGCUUAUCUACCAAUGGUAUAAAAAAUAAUGCUUUCUCCAGAUUUAAAUACUUUAGUUUUGGAAACAGCUUUAAUAAUUUCCUUUUGGGAUUUUAAACUUAUAAAGAAAGAAGUUUUAGCAUAUGAAGUAUCAGCUAAUGAUUUUGAUAGGCAAUCAUCAUAUUAAUUAAUAAUUUAAAAUAUUUCUUCUGACAGUUCAUAUGUAAUCACAAAAAGUAAUGAUUUUGGAAUAAAAUUAUAUGAGUUAAACAAUAUAAAUAAUAUAGAAAACCAAAAUAAAAAUAAUUUUGCAGGAGUUAUAAAAUAGGAAGAUUUUUAAAUAUUGGCUUUGUCAUUUGAUAUAAAGUAUUUAGCAGCAUCAUAUGAAAAAGAAGAUUCAAUAAUAUAUUAUUGGGAAGUUGAACAUCCUGAGUAGCAAUAUCAAUUAAAUGAGGGGAAUAAUGCUAAUUUAAUCACUUUUGAAUUUUCUUAAAUAAAUUUUUACAACAUUUUUGCAGCAUACAGAAAUGGUAAUAUAUUGAUUUGGGAUUUACAAACAAAAACUUCUCAAUUAUUAAUAAAUUAUGAUUAGACAAAUUUAUUUCAAUUGAAAAGAUGUAAUUUAUUAUUUUCAAAUAAAUUUAAUUAUUUAUUUAUCAUACAAGAACAAAGUAAUAAUUAAGAAAAAAAUUAACUUUUUGAUUUAAAUUUAAAAACUGAAAUCCAGUUAAAUUUAAAUGCUCUAAUGAUUGGUUUUUCAGUAGAUGAAACAGUGAUCGCAAAUGUAAAUGAAACAGUGAUCGCAUAUGUAGAUGAAUGUUAAUUGUGUUUAUCUUAAAUUAUUAAAUCUAAAAUAAUUGAACUCGAUAAAAUUCCCUUUUUUUAUAGAGGACAUACUUUUUCUAUUAAAUUUUACUAAGACUUUAAAUUGAUAGUUGGAUAAAAAGAUGCAAUAUAUGUCUUUGAUAUAAAAGAAAAAUUGAAAAUUAUAGAUUAUUUUUCAAUGCCUGAUGAAUUCAUAAUAAAUGGUUUCGGAUAUAAUCCAAAUAAAUAAUAGAUUACUAUCUUUAAUAAACACAAUAUUAAAAUUUUAAAUAUUUCUAAUAGAAUUGUUGGUUAACCAAUAAAAUUCUACAGCAAACCUGAAUAAUAAGAUGGAAAUAACAUAAACUUUUUAGGUUCAAAAUAAGUAUACGGUUUUUCAAAAGAUAACUAAUAUUUUGCUUUUUUAAAUCCAAAUUUAAGUCUAUGGAAUGCAUAAACAUAUGAAUUAAUAGGAUCUUAUGAAUACAAUGGAGAUUUAUUAGCAUUUUAGCAAUGCAAAUCAAGUUUAAUCUUAGCUAUUGCCUCUAAUUAGUCUUUGAUAUUUCUAGAUUUCUCAAAUCUGAAUGAUAUUAAAGAGAUUUAAAAUAUAAAAUUUGAAGAUUCUAUAUUAUCUUUUUCCCUUAGUUCUAAAUAUUGUUUAACAAAUCAUCCUGAAAAUUAAAUUAUUUUACAUGAUAUCUAAAAUUUAAGAGAAGUUAUUAAAUCAGAUAUUUUUAUUGGCAGUGAAGCAAUUUUAUCUGAAGAUGAUUAAUACUUAGCUUAUUUAAAAGAAGAUUAAUCAAUUAAAAUUAUAAAAACAUAUAAAAAAAAAAUAUAUGAAGUAUAAAAUUUAACAAAGCUUAAUAAAAAUAGCAUUGAUUUGAUUUCUCAUUCCCCAUGUGGACAAUAUCUUGCAAUAGUCUAAAUUAACGAGACAAAAAAAUAUCCAGAUAGUUAAGAAAUAAUAUCAAAGUCAGCUUAAGUUCAAAUUUUAAACUUAAAUUCAUUGAAUCUUAUAAAUGAAGAAAAAAUACAUGAAAAUUAUUUAUUUAUCGAAAUAUCUGAAAAUUGGAAAAUAAUGGUAUAAUGUUAAAAAUUCUGUAUUGAUAUAUGGGAAAUUAAAGAUCAGAAUUAAUUUUAUAAAAAAAAAGAAAUUUUAUAAUUUGUUAGAAAAGAUUGGGAAGAUAGAUUAAAGAAUGAAAAUGAAAAUGAGAUCUAUUAUGGAGAACCUGAAAUAGUUAAAAAAUAUUACUCUUUUUUAUCUAUAUCUUUAUUAUCAACAGGUGAUUUCUUAGUAUCUGGUAAUAGAUGUUUUGAAACAGCUGAAAAUGUAAUAGCUUUAUGGGAUGUAAAAAUAGGUAAGCUAAUUGCUUAAAGUGGAAAUUUAGACUCUGAUGUGUAAGUCAUUAAAUUUUGUCCUGAUAGUACUAAUUUUGCAGCUGGUUUUGAAAAUGGUCAUUUAAAUUUAUACUUUAUAAGAAAAUAAUAAAAUUAGGAUUAAGAAAUACAGAUUUUAUGUUAUAAAUCAAUUGGACGAUAAUCAAUGAUAUAAGCCCAUUAGUGUAUUAUAUCAGAAAAAUCCAAAAUUCAAAAAUCAAAAAAAUCAAUUCAAGAGUUGUUCAUUUAAAAAGGAGCUAUUCAAAAGGAUUGA